UAUUUAAAAAUACGAGAAAGUUUCAAAGCAAACAAAAAGCUUCUUUCCUCUCUCCCUAUACAGAACUUCCAAGAUCUGUGUUUCCUGAGAAUCAAAUUAGGGUUUCUGGAAUUACAGUAUUGAUUUUCCGGCAAAGUUCGUUCUUUUGGAGAUUUAUCGGUUGUCUGUUUCUACAGCUAAAAUUCAGGUAUUACAGCUAGAAGCUAAAGAGGGGGACAAGUUUUGCGAUAGUGAUAAUCAUAUAGUGCAAUAUCCUAUUGUGGAUGUGUUGGUGAAUUCCUUCCAAGAGUGAUAACUGUGCAAGGAGGUGGUUUAAUCAAGUAUUGUGGGAAAUUAAUCUACAGUUAAAUAUUCUAGUCAGCGAUAGGAGCAAGAAUAAGUUCCUCCACUAAAUAGUAGCAGCAGCAUGAUGUUAGAAGAGGACUUAUGGGCGGAUGCACCUGAUUUUGUGUUGCCUAAUACCUGUGGAAAAAGCUCAUUAAAUGUUGGGACAUUGCAUCAUUGCUUCAAACGUAAAAACGUAGACUCCAUUGACAGUGACUUCUGCCAAAAUGGCCCCAUUUUGGACAACAAGAAAGCUGCCAUUGGGGAAAACUCAUGUAGCUUUCCACUUGGUCCCAUUUCUCUGGUAGAUAAUGAUCUGAGUUGUUUUGACAACAACCGGGUGGAUAAAGACACUAAUGAUCUCUUGUAUUAUAACUGGUCUGAGAUGGGGAACUUUGAGGAUAUUGACAUGAUGUUCAGCAGUUGUGAUUCGACAUUUGGACUUGGAGCCAGCAAUGAGGAUGGCCUUGGUUGGUUUGCAUCAUCAGAUGCUAUUGAAGGAUCUAGAGAUCGAUUGAGGUCAGAUAUUCAGUGUCAAAACUCAACAUCCAGUGCACUGAAAAAUAACGGCAGUCUUGAAGUUUCAAGAACAGAGGAAAUGGGCAGUUCAAUUAGUGAUUCUGGCAUUAAAAGUCAACCAGUUAGCUAUAACAGAAAUUUGUGGCCCUCACAGAAAGAUGAAUUGGCCAAUCUGAGCCAUCUGUCUUUUGUGAAUGGAUCAAGUAAUUCAGAGUGCAAACUAGUACCUCAAAAGAAAAAUAAUAUAAAUAAGAAGCACGCAAAUCACCAGAACCAAUCGGAAGGAAAGAGAAAAUGUGUUUUUAUAGAAAAUGGUGAUGCCUUGCGUAAUAUUGAUGGCCUUUCAGAAGAGAGAAGACAUUCUACUGAGGCCACUGGACCUAAAGGCAAUUUGAUAUCAUCGGGUAUUCCUCAGCAAAAUGAAGCUCAUGAACAUGAGACUGGUUACUUACAUAGUAGUGUUUCUUACAUGUCUGAUUACAGUUGUUCAGAUCAAAUUGUCCAUCACCCAACUUCAUCGAUUACCAAAUCUGGAAAUAAUGGUUCCAUGUCCCUUUCUCCCAAGGACUGCUAUGCACCAAAUCAUCUGCAGUGUAGGCAGAGCUCUCCUGAUCCUUCUUUUCAGAUGGGUACUAUCACAACAAGUGAAAAGGAGGAGGAGAAGCUACUUCAGCAUUCUGGAAUUAAGUUUGAAAAUAGCAGUGAUCCUGAAGGCAUUAGCACGAGAAUUCCACCAGAAUUAGGUUCCUCAAUUAUAGCAGAGAGCACUUCCAUUAGUUCUGGGUUGGAUGAAGUAGCAGAAGAAACUGCUGGAUUUCAUCAGCUUCAACAUGUCACAGAACAGUUGGAUAUAAGGACAAAGCUAUGCAUAAGGGAUAGCUUGUACCGGUUGGCUCGGAGUGCUGAACAAAGGCAUAGAGAUGCUAAUGUCAUUAAUGACUCUGGAGAUGAUAGAGAUAGAAGCCAAGCAUUGACUUUCAAAAGGACAAACAAAUGGCAAGGGUAUAUGGACAUGGAAAGAGACACCAAUUCUUUAGAUCGAUCUAUUGCACAUUUGCUCUUCCUUCGGUCUUCAGGCUCAUCUGUAACACCUGCCCCUGAUUCCUUGGCUUGAGGUCCCCUUCCACAAUCCAUGGUUCUCUGAGUUGCCAGCUGGUGAUGUCUGAGAACUUGAUUUGUCGUGGAGAAAUGCAGCUAAACGAGAGCGAAAAGUUGCCGAUAACUGACCUUAAAUACUUACUUCAAGACCGAUGGUGGUGUCUACAUUCAAUCAUUAUGCUGGCCAUGUAUAGGGCCUAUCAACAAUAUGUUACAAGUGAAUAAGAGUAUGAAUGUACAAAGGACAAUUGCCAACAUAUCAAAGAGUGACAGCAUAGUGGAGUCGACCUAAACAGUGGUUCUACGUCUUUCCUUUUUGGGUCAGGUAGGGGUGGAGAAAUAAAGGGUUGAAUAUACUUGGCAACCGCGACUCAAACAAUUGUAAAUUCUACUCGAUUGAUGGCUUAGAGUAUACUCUCUUGAACAGUCUAGUGUUAGGAUCUUGGGGGUUAUAAUUGGCCUAUGAGAAACAUUGUUAGGGUAAAAUGAUGUUAUCAAUACAUUUGCCUGAUAUAACUUGCACGAUAAUUUUUAUUUUUUGUGUAUAUGGCUAUGUUUUGUCAUUAUAUGAGAAAGAAACAUUGUCGUAACAUGUAAAAGAAUUUAUGUGAUAUGUAAAUUCUUUUUUCCUAUUAUCA